UCAAAUCAAAGCCAAAUUACGGAGAAACAACUGCUUCCACGAAAUUGCAUUGGGGCUGAGAGAGACCGACACUUUCAAUGUUUCACAUACAGGGGUCUGUAUGAUUUGAGACAUUUCAUGUACAAGCAGCGCCAGUUGUUGCAGUUCACAGCUCCUGCCUUCAGUCUGCCUUACGACACUCCUGUAGAGCAGUGCAGGCUGUUCCAGUUGUACAAGCAGAUCCAUCACAAGUUACACUCGGGCCAGAGACCGUUCAAAAUAGUGUAUCAAGCUACCGACUCCGAAAUAAUCCUGGGUUGGCUGACAAGUAUCUUCGAGGUGUACUGUUGCUUCACGCCUGUCAUCAGCAAAGAUGACGCCAUCGGAAAGGUUAACAAGGUCGUGGAAAUGGUCAGAAACGAAGAAGACAAGUUAUUCCUAGUCAAUGCUUAUACUUUUUGAAGCUCCUCGUGAGAAUUAUCUUGCAGGAAAAUGAUGACCUUUAUUUAUUGAUAGUGAAAUAUUUUAUGCUGUCCUACUUUUGCUAAUAGUUUUAGUAGAUUUUGUUAUACAUGAUCAAUUGUCCUCUAUAAACUACAUAUCGUAUGAAUUUUUCAAUUUGGAUAUAUUUAUCAAUUUAAAGA